AACAGCAUCGCAGAGCAUCAAAACCCCCCAAAAAGAAGAAGAAGAAGACGAAGACGAAGACGAAGAAGAAGAUUGAAGAGCAAUGGCCAUGGAAGGAAGCAAUGCCAACGCAGAAGAAUUAGCAGUGGGUUGCUUCCUCUCCAUCAAAACAACCUUCGGCGACGAAUUCCAAGCCCAAGUCAUCACCUUCGAUCGUCCCUCCAACAUUCUCGUUCUUCAAGAGGGCUCCAAAUCAGGUCCUCGCCGCAACAUAAGGCUUCUCAAGGCCAACUACAUAAAGGAGUUCUCUUUGUUGGGUCACGCGGAAGAUCCGCUCGAUGUCAAGAAGUGUUUUCUCGAUCUCAAUACUUUGCAAGCCAGAGAAGAAUCCGCCAUUCGACAAGCGGAGACGGAUGCUGAGAGAAUAGGCGUGGGAGUCACCAGCCAAGCGCAGAGCAUUUUUGAUGCUUUGUCUAAGACCCUAUGCAGGCUCCCAGUUCGCUGGGACAAGACUGUUAUUGUUGUGAUGAAUGAGGUGCGUGUAAGCAGUCCAUAUCUUCCUGAGUCUGUCCGUGGAGGAACUCCUGCUGCCAAUGACCGUGUUAAGAAAGUGAUUGAAUUUGAGAGGAAGAGGCUGCAAGCUCGUAGCAGCGGUCAGUAAGAGUUCCAGAUUUUUGGCCAAUGGCUGCUUAGGCAAAUUUGCCUUGAGAGAUGAAUCAUGAUGGGUAUGUCGCCAGAACCCGACCUUAUCAGAGAGGAAGAUACUUACCACCAUGGACAUCUAGUUGCCUAAACUAUUGAAAUGAAUUUCAUAUUUACAUGCUUGUUCAAUCUUUAGUUGCUCUUUCCUCGAGGCAACAAGCUGCUCUUAGUUCAGUUCGUUUCAUGAGGGGGUUUGUCUUGUUUUAACUGACACACUGAUUUUACAGUUAGAUGAUCUCAUUUAUGUCAGAGAAUUUGUGAAAUAAGCAUUUCGUUGUGUAUAAUCUAAUAAAUAAUUUCUUUGAA